AUGUUGGAAGGAGAGGAGUUGCUUGCAAGGACAUGCAGACACACCUCUGGCUCCGUUGACAACACUGUGAGAGUGUGGGAGGCAAGCAGUGGAAAGGAGAUCGGCUGCUUCAAGGGGCAUGCUGGAGACGUUUACAGCGUAUGCUGGUCGAGAGAUGGCAAGGGGAUUGUCUCUGGAUCUCUGGACAAAUCUGCCAGAAUAUGGGAAACAAGCAGCGGGAAGGAGGUUGGUUGUUUCUCAGCUCACUCGUACCCAGUGUGGGGAGUCUCGUGGUCGGGAGAUGGGAGGAUGAUCGCGACGGGGUCAGGGGACAACACUGUGAGGGUGUGGGAAGCAGACAGCAGGAGAGAGGUCGUGAGCUUAAAAGGACAUUGUUGUAGUGUGAGAAGUGUUUCGUGGUCGAGAGAUGGGAGGAGGAUCGUCUCAGGAUCAUGGGACAACACUGUGAGGGUGUGGGACCCAACCAGCGGGAAAGAGGUGCAUUGCCUCAAAGGGCAUGCAGGAGAUGUGUGGAGUGUCUCGUGGUCGGAGGACGGAAGCAAGAUAGCCUCUGGCUCCGUUGACAACACUGUGAGAGUGUGGGAGGCAAGCAGUGGAAAGGAGAUCGGCUGCUUCAAGGGGCACACCAAAGGCGUUUACAGCGUAUGCUGGUCGAGAGAUGGCGGCCAAAUCGUUUCAGGAUCCGGCGAUGGCUUUGUCAGGGUGUGGGAAGCAAGCAGCGGGAAGGAGAUGGAAUGCUUGACUGGACAUACGAGAGGAGUGUGGGGGGUUUCGUGGUCGGGAGAUGGGAGGAUGAUCGCGACGGGGUCAGGGGACAACACUGUGAGGGUGUGGGAAGCAGACAGUGCGUACUGA